UUUUGGGUGGUGGGAUUUAUCUUCCUGUCCUGUAUUACCAUCUCUGUGUCAACGCCCUCGACCUCAAAGUAUGCCAUUGUCUCUUCCUAUAACCCCACCUGAAGAGCCUAAUUCAACUACUGGUUGUGAAACAGGUAGAGAACUUUCUAAAUAUGUCAAAGUGCAACAUGGAAUGGCCAAGACACUGAAGGUUUCUAUUACUAGCAUGUUCUAUAAAUUAGGCUGGCUUAGCUUUUUAUGCUUCAAAUUAAAAAAAAAAAAAAUCAAAGCAAACUAUGCAAUAGUUAUUUUAAUAAAUUUCUUGUUUUGCAUUUAUUUAUGUGUAACAAGUUUUUGUUGUACUGACCUCAUUCUAAGCAUGACAUGCAUGAGAUGUAGAUGCUUUUGAGUUUGACAGAACAGAGAAAAAGAAAUCUUUAAGUAAAGAAAUAAAGUAAUCUGCCAUGAAAUCACUGUAUCGUUGUAUUACAAUGUAUUAAUCAUGACAAGAAGUUAUAUUUUGGGGGAAAGCAUAAAUCUUAUGUCUGUGUGCAAAAAAAAGAAAAAAAUUACUAACAUUUAGAACUAUUGAAUGACUUAUUCCAGACUGUGAUUACUGAAAAUUCAAGAAAAUGGCAAGCCAAUUCAAUAAGUAAUUUGCCUGCAUCUUGCUUUAAUGCAAUUAUUUUGUAAUGAUACAUAGAGUGAUAAAAGUGUCUGUUCAUGUGGAAUUUUCGACAAAGUGUUUGCAACCCUGUGGCUAAAUUUGCAACAUACCAAGAUAAUUCCAAUCAAGUGUUCAAACUGUUAGCUAAGGAAAUGUUUGAUGCUCUUGAAAACAAUUCUUAG